AUGGCUCCUAAGCUUGCACUCGCCGCCGCUCUGGCUCUCCCUGCCCUCACCACAGCCCUCCCGACCACCCGCGAUGGCGGCAUGAGCGCAUUCAUUGUCGGUGGUGAGAAGGCCCAGGCCGGCGACUUUCCAUUCAUUGUCAGCUUGUCGCAGAGCGGCUCCCACUUCUGCGGAGGUGUCUUGCUCAACGCCAACACCGUGCUCACUGCUGCGCACUGCUCCGUGGACCAAGAGGCUUCCUCUGUCAAGGUCCGCGCUGGAAGUCUGACAUGGGCUUCCGGUGGUACCCAAGUCGGUGUUUCCUCCAUCACUGUCAAUCCCGCCUACGACGAGAGCACCAUCAGCAACGAUGUCGCUGUUUGGCAGCUGGCCCAGUCCAUCGAGGAGGGCUCUGGGAUUAGCUAUGCCACUCUUCCCCAGGACGGCUCCGAUCCCGCUGCCAACUCUACUGUCACAGUUGCAGGCUGGGGUCUCCUGCAGGAGAACGGACAGGAUCUACCAGCAGACCUGAUGAAGGUCUCCGUCCCCGUCGUCUCCCGCCAAAAGUGUCGAUCCCAGUACGGCCAGGCCGCCAUCACAGACACCAUGUUCUGCGCCGGUCUUGAGGAGGGAGGCAAGGACUCCUGCUCCGGAGACAGCGGUGGCCCCAUCAUUGACGAGUCCGGCACCCUUGUCGGCCUCGUUUCAUGGGGUCAGGGUUGCGCACAGGCUGGUUUCUCCGGCGUCUACGCCAGGCUGGGCGCCCUGCUGGAUUUCAUCAACGAGAACGUCAACGGCGACGGCACGACUCCCAGCACCCCCGUGAAGCCCCCCAGGCCCAGCAGACCUGGCAAGUUCCAGUACUUCUAA